AAUGUCACAGGAUGAGCAAUACAUCUUCAUCUGCCUCUGACUCACCUGGUGCCCCAGGUAAAAGGCACCAGAUAAAAGGUAGGGGAGAAGGAGGAGGAGAGAGAGAAGUACCCAGGCUGAGCAGCAUGAAGGGGCCCUCAUCCACAAGCAGCCUCCAGCUGCUGCUGCUGUUGCUGCUGCUGAGCCCAGACCCUGGAGCAGCACUGCCACUGCCAACCAGCAUUACCUGCUGUACUCAGCUCUACCGCCAGCCACUCUCGAACAAGCUACUGAGGAGGGUCAUCCGGGUGGAAGUGCAGGAAGCUGAUGGGGACUGUCACCUCCAGGCCUUCGUGCUUCAUCUGUCUCGACGCAGUGUCUGCAUCCACCCUCAGAACCGCAGCCUGGCUCGGUGGUUCGAGCGCCAAGGGAGGAGGCUCCAGGGGACUCUGCCUAACCUGAAUUUGGGGCUGAUAGGGAAAAUGGGCCAGGGGCCCCAGGAGCUGGAACAAUAAAGCAGCACUGGACAACA